GGAAGAUCGCCUCCUUGUCGUCACUGACUGAGCGCCAACUCCCCAUAUUCUACUCAAUUUGUUUUACUCUUUUUGCGCUCUGCGUGCAUUUGACCAAUCGCGCACUUUGCGACGAAAUUUCUUAACGCCCGACAAACCCAUCAAAGCAAAAGGCGAAGUCCCGUGGUCUUUUUCAGUGACCACACUAUGCCUCCUUCAAAGUGGGAUGAGGAGUCUGAAGAGUCCUCCGAAGAAGAAUCAGUAGAUGUUCCCGUUGCUCGACGCAAGUUUGCGGACGAAGAGGAUUCCGAUGACGUCGCCGACAAUUGGGAGGAAGAAGAAGACUCUGAAGCCGAGCGAGAGAAAGCCGCCAAAGCAGCCGCAGCCAAAGCCAAGGCUGAUGCAGAAGCCGCCGCAAACAAGAAGAGCAAGGCUCAGCGGAUAGAGGAGCACCGAGAGGCAAACCGACGAAAACGUGCUGAGGAGCUAGACGAGGAAAGUUCAGACGAAGAUGAAGCAAGCAGGCGUGCAAGGCUGCGGAAAUCGGAGCAAGACUCUGACCUGAAACAUGCACAAGAUCUGUUUGCCGAUGCGGCGCUGGACCCCAAGUCGCGUGUCGCACCGAACAAAGCGGUAAUAAUAGAGGACAAAGCAAACCCGGGUCAGACGAUCGACCUCUCACAACUCCCCCUAUUCAAGCCCGCCACCAAGACACAGUUCGACGCCCUUUCUGCCACUCUGGUCCCCCUACUCACAGCAGCUUCUUCAAAACCGCACUAUGCCAUCUGGCUGCCGACCUUUGUGAAGCAAAUAUCUGCGGAGCUACCCAGUGCGGAGAUCAAAAAGGCGGCCAGUGCACUAACGGCUCUAAGCAACGAGAAGAUGAAGGAGGAAAAGACACAGGAGAAGGGCGGCAAAAAGUCAAAGGCAGCAAAGACAAAGUCGACCCUUGCAGCCACCCGGGACAUGGGCAGAGGAAUAGCAGACACGACUAGCUACGAUGACGGCCUUGGAGAUGACGAUUUUAUGUGAUUGCUUUCUUGGUGGAUUUCUCCUUCGAUUCUCAAAUUCUUUCCGGGACAUUGCAUAAGACGUGCGUGGUCAAGGCCCAUCAUUUACGAGAAAUGAAAAGGAUGCACGGCAGAUAGGCGGACUUAGAUUAUGACUUGACAGAGUUCUCUUGAUACACUUGAAAGUAUUAUUAUGGCACGUUUCAAUUAGUAUAUGUUGUCCCGAUGAAAGUGGGAUUGAACGUCCUAUAUUAAAUGCUCGAGUCAGUCGCUUCGUG